UCAUCAGCAAGUUAUGCUUCCUUAGCUGAAAGCCGUUAAAAAGUAUCACAAAAAGUGAUGGGGUUCACCUUGCAGGAGAAAAAGCUUAAAUUUUCUUGCUGCUCACACCAAUUUUUACGGUAUUUCAUCGCUUGUACAUUACUUGUGAAUGAGCAAUGUUAAUUAUGACAUUGCAGAAUUGGGUGAAUAGAGCAAGUCAUUUGGCAAGGCCAACCCUAUUUGGAAAAACUUACGCCACUUCAAGGACUCCAGACAUUCAAGUUGACAACGUGGUUAUAGGUGCAGGUGUUAUCGGUUUAGCUAUCGGUGAGAAAAUAACGCGGGAAAGACCACGAGAGACGACUGUGGUGAUAGAUAAAAAUGGAAGGAUAGGCGAGGAGACAAGUGCGCGUAAUAGUGGGGUCAUUCAUGCAGGUCUUUAUUAUCCUGAAAAUAGCUUGAAAACAAAACUCUGCAUCCGAGGAAACCGCAUGCUUUACGAUCUUUUCAGAUGCACCGAGAACAUUCCGUAUAAACGGCUUGGAAAAUGGGUAGUAGCGCAGAAUGAGGAGCAGCAUCAAUAUCUUCAGAGCCUGCACGAAAAGGCGAACAAAUUGGGUGUCGAGACUCAUUUUCUGGACCAAAACGAGGCAAAUAAGCAAGAACCAGACAUUAAAGCACAUUCUGUCCUUGUCUCCCCAAAUACAGGCAUUUUUGAUCCUCAUGCGUUCAUGGAUCAUUUAGAGCUUCAAAUAACGCAAGCAGGUGCAAACGUAGUUCUAGGCACAAAAGUCAAUGCCAUUCGCACAUAUAGUAAUACUGGAGGUAAUAAUGGUUAUUUGUUGGAUUUAACGACCCAAGAUCAAGAGUCACUCGUGUUAGCUAAGCGUGUCUUCAACUCAGGCGGCUUACAUGCUGAUAAAAUAAGUAACAUGCUCCUUGGUGAGCAACACUAUAAACUAUAUUAUGCUCGAGGACAUUAUUAUGCUUACGGCAAAUCACUUCCCGUCAAACAUCUCAUCUAUCCAUGCCCAGAAAAGAAUCUCAGUGGGCUGGGCACGCAUUUAACUCUGGAUCUAGCAGGUCGUAGCAAAUUUGGGCCUGAUGUGCAAUAUAUUGACUCACCUUAUAAUUAUAACUUCCCCGAUGAUGAUACAAAGAAGGAAGCAUUUGUAAAUGCAAUUCAGACUUAUUUGCCUUCCAUAAAGAAAGAGAAUCUCCAUGCCGAUUUUUCUGGUAUUCGUCCCAAAUUAGCAGGUCCUGGUGAGCCAUUCCGCGAUUUUGUCAUUAAAGAAGAGCUGGAUACAGGGUUCGAUAAUUUUUUCACGCUGCUGGGAAUAGAAAGCCCAGGCUUAACGUCGUCUUUAGCGAUUGCUGACUAUGUCUAUUCUUUAGUACGUAACUAAAAAAAACU